ACCAGAGAUGCACUGAAGCGACGAAGAGGACGGGUUGUGUUGCGUUAUACCGACGGCUUUUACUCGGUUUAAUUAUUAAAUACUUUAUAAUAGGAUGACAUUAAAAUAAUGAGUUUUUAUACCUUUAUUUUAUUAAAUGUUUGGCUUCGUUCAGUGAAGCAAAGAGUUUGAACGCAGCAGGCUAACGGUCACAUUACAGUUCGUUAGCUUGUUUUGCUUUCAGCCGCGGGGUGUUGAUAUUUGUUGUUGAUAUCUUUGUUGAUAUCUUUGUUUUUAGUUAAUGAAAUCGUUGUCACAGCCUCUGACAGACUCUCCUGUAAGGGUUACAUCCCAGGUCCAUCCAUGCAGCCUGCGGUGGAUGAUCUAACAUGCUAGGACCAUGUUCAAGAAUGUGUUCGGCUCAGGGUUUCUGGUGAGAACAGCUCAUGUUAUUCUGACAUGGGUCAUCACGCUCAUACUCUUCCUACAUGAUACAGAGCUGAGGAAGCAGGAGGAGACGGGUCAGCUGGUCCAGCCCGUGCUCUUCGUCCUGCUCGUGCUGGUGUCAGUGUUGCUCUACUUCGCCGUCUCUCUGAUGGAUCCAGGAUUCAUCCUCUCUGAUGACAGCGACUUACAGUUCACUCUGGGAGUGACAGAGGAGCAGCAGGAUAUGAUCCCCCCCUCCACCAAAUCUCUGCGUCAGAGACGCUGUGGUCACUGUCUGCUGCAGCAGCCAAUGAGAUCCAAGCACUGCCAGACGUGUCAGCACUGUGUGCGGCGGUACGACCAUCACUGCCCGUGGAUCGAGAACUGUGUCGGAGAGAAAAACCACCGCUGGUUCGUUCUGUACCUCGGCGUUCAGCUGCUGGUGCUACUGUGGGGGCUGCACAUCGCCUGGACGGGGUUCAGCUUCGCGCCCACCUGGCAGCUUUGGUUGCGGACUAACGCCACGCUGCUGACGGUGGCCGUCCUCGUGGCCCUGCUCUCCCUCAUCGUGCUGCUGCUGCUCGGCUCUCACCUGUACCUGGUCUCUCUCAACACCACCACCUGGGAGUUUAUGUCUCGCCACCGCAUCUCCUACCUCAAACACUGCGGCGCCGACGAGAACCCCUUCGACCGCGGAACCUUCCACAACCUGUGGGGCUUCUUCUGCUUGUGGGGCACCGUGGUGUGGGAGCAGGUGUACUUCAGGGAGGGCAGCGACCAGGUCUGACAACCAAACACGCUUAGACAGACUCAAAAAGACGGAUUCAUCGCUCACCAACAACUUUCCUGGAUCAUCACGUUUCUCUAAGUUUGGAGAUAAACCCUCCGUGUGUCCUUUCUGCAAACUCUGCAACAUUCACCUUCUUUUACAAAGUUCUAUAUAAAGAUAAGAUAACCUUCCUCAGAUCUAUAAUGAAUGUGGAUUUGAGGGACUUUGCUUGCAUCCAAUCAGUGCAGGCGUUCUUCGAUCAAAUAGGACACGUGAUGUUUAGAAUCAGACAACCUGAAGAAUACUUUGUUGUACAGUUGUGUUCACUUAUUUAAUCAUAUAUCAAUCAUUUGAACUCUUUUUAAAAUGCAUCGUUGUAAAAAUCAUUUUAAUGAGGAGGUGUGAUCACAGCUUUUUUAAAAUCUGAAUCCUCUCAUAACAGGACUCCAAUGAAAGUUAAGACUUCAUGAUUUGUUGUAAAGUAUCUUCACUCUGACAAAACGACAAAAAACCAGAACAGAAGUCUGAAGCACAAAUCGCCAGCGUUAACAAAUAUAAACAAACUCAGGCAGAUGAAAUCAGCAGAGUCAGAACAGAUCUUAGAACAGCUGUUCUGAUUCGAGAUUACACAACCCCAACAUUUUGUUUCUGUUCCUUUGAGGCAGGUGUGACUGUUCAUGUUGAUUUGUCCUGGUGGUAUCAGAGGUCCAGCUGAAAAUGACCGAUGGACCCCAGACAGAAGGAGGGAAUUUAAUCGAGGACGAGAAAAAGUCAGAGAGAGAAAAAAGAAAGAAAAUGUGCUUGAGAAGGCUUAUUGAGAAAAGACAAGUUUCUUAAUAAUCCAAAAUAAGGUUCAGAGAUGGAAGAAGUAACCGCGGCUGAAUUCUGUCCCCGGUCAGACCCCGAUUGUUUACAACCAUUCAAGUAUAAAAAAUCCCAAAGAGAGUUAAUUAUGCGUUCUGCCUUCAGGCGCUUUACUGUCCCACUUUGAGCCUCUAAGUGAAGCGAGUCAUAAAAAACUGUUGACUCACGUUGACCCUCAUUCCUCGUCCAGCACUGAAUCAUUAAUGUGGGCAGUAAUUUAAUGUGUGAAACUCCUCCAGCAGAACCGCUGCUCUUACACAUGGUGACUGAUGGACUGUUACUUCCACUGUUUUUUAACCUUUUCCCUUGUCACCUGUAACAGGUGUGUAAAGGAAACAUAUGUUUGAAGUCGGUCCUGCAGAUGACUUAAGCCUGCAGCAUUGAAACAGGCUGUAACGGCUGAAGAGCCUGAUCACAGUACGCUCAGGCCGUUAUUUUAACUAAAGGAUCACUACAGGGAUGUAGACCUUCUGUUCAAGAGGAAACCAGAAACAGCUGUUACAUUAAUGUCUCGUUCAGACCACCACACUGCUUUGACAACAACAGACAUUUUAUCCUGCAGAACAUGGAGGCUAUCGUGUACCACUGCCUCAGUCAGUUCAUAAUAUCGUUAUCGUGUUAUCGUGUGGUAAAAAGACAUUUUGAUGGAUCAAAUCAAACAAUUCAAAACACACAGAGUCCCACAAUAACAAAAUAAACUAACUGAUCAAGAGAGCAAACAGAAAAAGCAACUCACAUGUUCUGCAAGGUAAAACUUCUCUUUUUAUCAAUGGAGUCUGGCUGUGAAGAGAGCAACUUUAGCAGCUGGUGAACAGAAGUCUUCCUGAUCUUAUGGAGUAGACUGUGACGACAAAAAGCUGUUUAAUAGCUUUCUACAAAUGCACCAAACCUCAUCCACAGACAUUGAUUUUACUUAAAGUUACACAGGAGAUGCUUGUCUACCACGUUUGGCCUCAUUUAUGGUUAAACAAAGAUUGUGCUGUGUUGAAACUCACCAUUUAAACAUCAAAUUCACACAAUAACAAACAAACUGACAGAUUCAGCCAGCAGCAGAUCAGCCGCUGCCCUGUAUUUCACUCUUUAAAUGACUGUUUUUCUCGAUGUAGUUUGGUGGCUGUAAAGAGAGAGAGAUGUAAUGGCUGUUUUUGGUUCCAGGAGUAGUAUCCUCCCUUUUAACAGAACCGUCUUUCUCUGUAGGGAUCCAAAUUAUAUCACCUUAAUUCCCCCGAAAAGGGUCCCUGUCUGACAGGGAUAGUGUCCCGCUGUGAGGUGCAUAUGUGAACAACCAGAUCAGGAGAAUAUCCAGAGCAGUCCUCCUGAAAUGAUCCAUAUAUGUUCAGGAGUGUAGAUGUGAAAGCAUCUUAGGUUCCCCUUAAGGUCUUUGUUUAUUCUCCCACUUGACCCUCACUCCUGUGUCUUCCACUGAAUGAUUCAUGUGAGCAGUAAUUACAUGUGAAACUCCUUAAAGUGACACACAGUGAACCAGAUGAACAGACUGUUAAUAAACCUCUAGUUUACUUUGAACACAGAUAAAACUAUGAUUAGAUUAGAUUAGUUUUUUUUACUCGUUAAAGCGUGUUGACCGUGUGUUGUUGGUAUGAUGCUUCUGUUCACUCAGAUUCUGAACGUUUAUCGUGUAGAAAUCGGAGUUCUUCUCGUUCUGUGUAAUGCGUUUAUUUAACAAUCAGAGUGACUUGACAAAUUCUGAUGUUUUUUCAAAUGUUUAAAAUCUAAUGUUGAAUUGUUCCUAGCUUUGACUCCCCUUCUGAUGUUUUGACUUUAAACAGCAUUUGAAGCUAUUUUAUAUCGUUGUAAAUAAUCUAAACGGUUUCCACCCAGGACUCGUCUUUCCAUCUUUGAUAUGACUAUUUGAUAUGAAUAACUUAAAAGACUUAAAUGAAAAGUAUACCUGAGGAGAUUUGAGUGUAAUACAUCGUCUGGUAUCUGAAACCUGUUCCUUCUUGUGCAAUAGUAACCCAGCAAUAAAUGUGUUUACUCUAAUGUACAGCUGACUUUAUAUGAAUGAAUAUUUAAUUCAUGUUGUGUACUAAUGAAUCAUAUGCAAUGUGUUUUUUUACUACUUUGAAACAACUGUACGCUGUGAUCAAUAAAUCAAAGUUUCAUGAA